ACUCCUAAAUCUGGAUGCGACUGUGUAGUUGUGUGCGACUUUUCAUUGGGAAGAACCAAAAUUUUCGGGGCUUGAUAUAGACUGUAGACCUCUAUCCUCUAUCUGCACACUCACAAUCAGUAGUUGACUGAAUGUCUGAAGCAGAAACUGUUGAGAAGCCAAAGAGCACACACGUUGGAUUUGAUUUCCAUUUUCAACAAAUUAUUUAAACGUGAUAAGCGGUUAAUUUUAACUAAGAAGAGCACACCAGAGGAAUUUCUCCAUAAUAUAAUAAAAUGGAGGGCUUAUUUCAAGUGCGAGUGAUCGACUGGUACACCAAAGACGAAAAAGGUACUUUUGGCAAGGAUGAGGAGCUCGCGCGCUUCUUAUACAUGCCAAAAGGAUCCAUCAACUUUGAUUUGAACCGGAGCCAUCCAGAGGAUCGAUGGAAGGAAGCCGACCAUUAUACGAGGGAACAAAACUUGGACACACUUUUGGAGUGGAUUGUGAAGAAUUGCAAUGACGCAAGAGGCCGGCCAAAAAGGUUGGAAGCCGAAUUCGCGUCUUUCAGGGGCAUGCUGCGGAAGAUCAUGUGCGCCCAAUAUGAGAAGAAUAGAUCUGAGAGUUUGAAGAUUUGCGCCAUUAAGGCCAAAGGGACUAUUUACUUGUGCCGUUUCUACACUGCAGAAAAUGAGCAGAACUGCACUCAACAGAAUGAAGAUCAUGAUCAAGUCCGCUUCACCAAAUAUGGACGAGUUUUUGAGCACUACAUGGUUUCAAACCGUCCUGGAGUCAAGCCAGACGUCCGCCAGCCCUUGUCUGAAUUCCAAGAAUUCUGCUGCGUCUACAAAUCUCGAUUUGGGGUAAACAGUAUGAUUUACUGUGCUGAAGUCAAUGGCCUCGGCAAAGAAGAGGAUCUGAAGCAAAUUGAUCGUGCAAGUCUGUAUGAGCUAAAGACUUGCAAGGAGAAGCCCAAUCCAUAUUCGUUGGCUCGAUACAAGAAGAUCACAUGGUGGGCUCAGAGCGUCCUGGCUAAAAUUGAUUCCGUCGUUGUUGGAUACAGAAAUGAUAGCGGAUUUGUAAGGGAGGUGGAAGUGUUGCCAGUACAUGACAUUCCACGACAAGCCAAAGGUUGGGAUGCAAACAGCUGCAUGCUUUUCCUUCAAGAUUUCCUGCGCCAGGUCAAGGACGAGAUGAUGAAUGCGCGCAAGGAGGAGGUUUUUGAGUUCACCUGGUACCCUGGACAAACUCAUUUCUCAGCGAGAAAACUACCACGCAACAAUGAUUGCUAUUUCAUCCCAGAGUGGUACCUACAGUGGCUGAAAAACAUGCCGUAGGAUUUGAUUUCCUUGAUAAACCAAAUUGUUCAAAGUCAGCCUGAAUUAUGUCUUUAGACAAAUUAUGUCAAAGAAGGAUAACAACAAAUGAACAAAUAUUUUAACUAGCCAUCCCUUAUAGUUCAAACUGUUCAAAGCAAUGGAAUUUUAUGGCUUUAAAAUUAGAUGCCGAGGAUUUUAUUGUGGAACAACUAAAAAAUAAUAAAAAAUAUUGUCAAUUCUUUACAGUAGAAAAAAUGAUAAUAAUGUAAUAUGUAAAAAAGGGUUGAACUUAAACAGUUUAAAAAACAUAAGCCAAUGAGUCUACAGAUUUGGAUGGAUUUGAAAAAAUGGAACAAAUAAUGAAUUGAAAAAAAAAAAUUUCAUGUCUAGCUUUAAAAUUAUAUUACUGACAUUUAUUUGAUAAAACUCAUAAUUAAGGAUAAUGCAAUUGCCAAAAAAUCUUGCUUUCUAAAAGAAUUUCAGGGAAAUACUUUUGAGAAAGUUUUAGAAAAAUACUUUUAAAUAAAAAAGUAAAAAUUUUAUCUGUAAUGAACGUUUCGUAAUAAAAUACAUAUAUCUUCAA